AUGUGCACUGUGAAACGUAAUUUGAAUGUGCAGAAAAGAGCUUUUCUUGCUGAACAGAUUGAGCAUGCUUUAUUAGAUUUAGGCGCUAGUGUGAAUCUUUUGUCAUAUUCUGUGUAUGAACAACUAGGACUUGGUGACUUGAAACCCACUAAUGUCACACUCCAAUUGGCUGAUAGGUCUAUUAAAAUUCCUAGAGGAGUGGUAGAAGAUAUUCCUGUGCAGGUUGAUAGAUUUGUUUAUCCUGUGGAUUUUAUUAUUCUAUAUACACAACCUGUGGCAGACCCUAAUGGUCAAAUUCCUAUUAUUUUAGGACAACCUUUCUUAGCAACCGCUAAUGCGAUCAUAAACUGUAGGAAUAGUAUUAUGGAACUUACUUUUGGUAGUUGGAAAAUGGAAGUGAAUGUCUUUACUGUUGCACGUUCCCCUCCUGAUUUUAAUGACCAUGAAACUGUUUGUAUGAUUGAUGAAAUUGUUCAUGAUACUUUCUUGCAGAAUCAUUUAGAAGAUUCAUUAGAAGCAUGUUUAACUCAUUUUGGGCAGGAUAUAACUGAUGAUAAUGUUAUUUGUGAAGUCAAUGCAUUGUUAGACUCCACCUCACUGCUGGACAUUAGUAGUAAAUGGAAGCCUAAAAUUAAACCUCUUGUACUGUCCGAAUCUCGACUAGUUCCAUCAGUCGAGAAAGCUACGACCUUGACUCUUAAUCCAUUGCCCGACACUUUAAAAUAUGUUUACUUAGGCUCUGAAACACUUUACAUGUCAUUAUUGCUUCUAAUCUCACACUAG